UGAGGAGAGAAACCUAGCGCACGCUGGUAUUCAGACUCUGGGGAGACAAAGGGGCUGGGAGCUUUUCUUCAGAAGUGCCUGCGCGGUGAGGAUGCUGCUUGGCUAGUAAAGGACCCCGGAGAAAAUUGUGUGCUAUAUACUAUGGGAUGGGUGAGGAAGAGAACAGAUACACCUCUCAGCUCAAGGAUGUGUAUGACAGCUGUGAUACCACAGGCACUGGGUAUUUGGACAAGGAGGAGCUGACUGAGUUGUGCCACAAAUUACAUCUGGAGGGAGAGCUCCCCUUACUUCUGGAAACACUUUUGGGAAAUAAUCACUUUGCCAGAGUUAAUUUUGAAGAGUUUAAGGAAGGUUUUGUGACCAUAUUGUCUUCGACUAUCCAUCUUGGCCUUUCAGAUGAUGACAGCAGCUAUCUGGAGCCAGUUAUUCCAGAUGAGACUGAACCCAAGUAUAUCACUGAGGCCAAAGGGUAUGGUUGCUGGACAAGGCCAGAACUUGAAAGUGCCAUGUUGGAAACCCCCAAAUAUUUACAAGAGGAGCAGAGAAAUAUAAAUGUAAAAAGUCAGCUGAGACAUUCAACUUCUUUGGAGAGUGUGGAGAGUCUCAAAUCAGAUGAAGAGGCUGAAAACUCAAAAGAAGAACAGCAGCAGACUUUUGAAGGCCAAGGUCAAAUGUGUACCUGGGAGAAUAAUCUCAUUGACAAUCCUAGAGAAGUCUCCACCUCAUAUUUGAAUACAACUGAGAAUCAGAUUAGGGUUACUUGGGAAGAUCUUGGCAUUGGAACUAAUGGAUACCUGAACAAACAAGAGCUGGAUGCUAUUUGUAAGAACAUUGGACUCAAAGAGAUGGAAAAAGAGGAACUUGAAGAAUUAUUUUACAAAUUGGAUAGUGAUGCAGAUGGCAGAGUAAGCUUAAAGGAAUUCCAGCAUGGCUUAUUCAGCCACAUCUGCAUUCCUUGUCCUUUUUCUUCCACGCCAUUUAAAUCAAAAAGGCAAAGAUCACAUUCUGAUCAGAUUUUGAAAGACAAUGGGCAACGAACUGCGACUCCAUCUCUUUUCUCGAACUCAAUGGCUUUGAAUCUUUUCUCCAGCAUUAACGAUGGCAGUGGUUUUGCCAGUGUGGAGCAAGUUGUCUCCAUCUGGGCCUGGGAAGGGGUUGAAAACUGCAAAGAGAUUUUUAAGAGUCUUGAUUAUAAUGUGGAAGAGCGGGUGAACCUUCUAGAGCUUUCUAUGAUCCUUGAUGAUGAAUUAAUUGCUUCCAAGAAUGGACUUCAACAGGCAGCUGUUGCCUCUUAUAAGCAUGAACUUCAUCAUCUACAAGCACAAGUAGAACGGAUUUCCAGUGAGAGAAACAAAACAAGAGCCGAGCUGGAAAAGACUAAAAAGAGGAAUUGCCAGCUUUUUAAGGAAGUAGAUGAUAACCACAGUGCUCUGGAGCAUCACAAUGAGAGUAAACUCAGAGCUCUUGAGCAAGAUUUCAAAGAAAAGCUAAUGGCAAUAAAGUCUGAAGUCAAGAUGGAACAGGAAUUGCUCAUGCAACAAAUGCAAAAUCAGAGAACCAAGUUAGAAGCAGAUUUCAGAUACCUUCAAGAGGAGGACUGUAGUCUAAGGAAGAAGCUGACCUUGAUGAUCAAAGAAAAUAGUCGCUUACAGAAUGAAGUUGCUGAAGUGGUUCAAAAACUGAGUGAAUCUGAAAAUCAAGUUUUGAAACUUCAAGAUCUUAAUUUUAUUUUGAAAGACAAGCUGCGGUUACUGGAUCCAUACAGUACAGAACAAUAUGAUCAAGAAGCACGCUUUGCUAAAGUCAUUCAGGAAUAUGAGCUGCAAUGUAGGGAAAUGCAUGACAAGAAUGAUGAGCUGCAGAUGGAGGUGGAAAAACUGAGAUCCCUGCUGCAUGUAAACAAGCCUAACCUACCAAGCUGCAAAAGGAAGACUAACAACACUGGAGAAAGGUUCUUACCUGGAAAUGAAAAAGCUAGCAUUAUAGAUGACACUUUCAUAACAUCUGAUCCCUAUUCAGUAAGUAUACAAACAGAACUUCUGGUGGAAGACUUAAAAGAACAGAAUCGAACUAUAAAAACACAGCUAGAAACCAAGGUCAAUUACUAUGAACGGGAAAUAGAACUAAUAAAAAAUAAUUUUGAGAAAGAAAGGAAGGAUAUUGAGCAAAGUUUCAAGAUCAAGAUUAGUGAAUUGGAAGAACAAAAGAAUGACCUGGAAGAACUGAAUGAGAAAUGCCAGGAAGUGAUUGAUGGUUUGAAAAGCCAGGUUCAGAAGCUAGAUCCUAUUCAAGAAAUGAAGAGAUUUGAGAAGGAGAGGACAGAAAUGGAGCAGUUCUAUGCUAAAGAAAUAUCAAACUUAGGUCAGAGGCUGGCCCAGGAAAGAGAAAGAUUGGAAGAUGACUUGAAGAUGAAGCAUGAAAUGGAGAUACAUUUUAUGAGAAUGGAACUACACAGGGUUUCAGAAGACAAUAUCUUCUUAAAAAAUAAACUUGGAAAAUGUCAGCGAGAUAUAGAGAUUGGUGACACAAACCAAAAGCACAGAAAGCACAUUGAUGAAUUGAAAAUGGAAAGAGAGAAGAUGAUGUAUGAAAUAAAAGAAUUAAAUGACUUGAACAAAUGCUACAAAGAGGAAAUCUUACAGCUGAACACCAGGACUGAUCAGCUAAGUCAUGAAUACAUUGAAUUAAGCAGCAUGAAUAAAGCCAGUCAGAAAACAGUCAAGAUACUGAAUCAGAGAUUUUUUGAAUUGGAGGGCCAAAAAGAACAAGAAACUAUGAUAGCCAAACAACUUCAGGAGGCCUCUGCUAAGAUGAAAAAGGAGCAUUUUCAACAGCAGUUGACAUGGCAGGGAGAAAAGGACUUGCUAGAUCAAGAGCUGAAAUUGCUGAAGGAAAAGCUGUUAGAAGCUAACACCAGAUUAAGCCAAGCCAAGUCUCAGCACACACAUGAGCUGCAACAGCUGAAGACCCAGAUGGACAAUACAGUAUCUAAGGACCAUUUAGUUGAGCUUGAAACCAGAUUGGCAGAAGAACAGAAAACAGUCAGAAAGUUGCAAGGAGAUCUAAACUUACAGACAGAACAAAUGAAAUGGCAACUGGCUAUUUAUCAAGAAGAAUAUGAAAACGCACAUAAAUUAAUGGAGGAGAAGUUGAGGGAAGUAGAGAUGAAUUUGAAGAAUACACAAAUGUUGCUUCAGGAAAAAAUGUCCCAAAUAAAGGAACAAUUUGACAAAAAUGCCAAGUCUAAUCUAUUGCUGAAGGACCUGUAUGUGAAGAAUGCACAUCUAAUGAAAAUGCUGCAAGUUACAGAGCAGAUGCAGAAGAGCACGGAAAAUAGGAACUUAAUUCUAGAAGAAAAAAUUUCAUCCCUGAAUAAGCUGGUUGGAGAAAUCACAUUUGCAUCUCAAUGAAUUAUUCAUUUAAAUGAAUUGGUUUCGGUUAAACUGUCUUAAGUGGCAAUCAGUAGUAAAGACAUUAAUUGGUCAAGUUGGUUCUACAUAUUUCAGACUGAAUACAAAAAAACUCUUAUUCUCAAGAACAGAUAUUCAUCAGUUCAGAGUGGAGAAAAUACAAAUGCUAUUUUUAAAAAAUAGAACAAUGAGCAAAUACAUUUUGGGGGAAUUCUGAAGAUGGGGAAACACAGGGCCGAUUUUAUUGCAAUAAAAAUACAAUUUUUUUCCAAUGGAAACGAUUAAUCAUUUAGUACCUUCUGGAUAAAUUUCACAGAAAAAGAAUGUUCUACACUGUAUCAUUUGGGAACCAAACAUUUAUUGCAGUUGCAAUUUCUUGUCCCCGUCUGUCUAUACACUGGCUAGAGUGUGUGAAUGUGUGUGUACGUAAACAAAGUUUUAUGCAAGUGUAAAAUAUUGAAUUAUGUGGUAUAUUAUUUAAGCAGAACUGUGAACGAGAACCUAAUAAACUCCCCCACUCUCUUUUUUUUGGUUUAGGUA